AUAUUUAGCAAUCCUAGCCUCUCAUGGGUCGUUAAUUUAAAACAUUUCGCAAGCAAUCGUGAUGUAUCCCAGGUCCUCCAAUGAAAUGCAGAAGUCACUCAUGUGUCCAAAUCGCGAAAGCUGCUCCGUGGGGGGCAGAACGUGCUCUUAUGGAAAGGGCGCGAUCACACCGCACCGACAGACAAACUCAACCGGUGUGCUUGCGCUAACGUAUUUCUGCGAUGCGGAGAGCCGCGUCGAGAUCGGUCAGUGAAAACCGCCUUAGGAGAGACAAGUUCCAGUUAUAGUGUUUAAUAUAGUUUAUAGAGUUUUAGCGUGUGACGUAAGCGAUGGCGGUGUCGCAUCAGUGGUUCGUGCAGUGGUCCGCCCCGCCGGUGCUCUUCGCAGACAUCACUAGUCAGUACAAUGACGUCAACGGCCGAUGGAAAAAUGACGUUCCUAAAUGGAGUGAUACUUUAGAAGUUCCUGAACAAAUUGUUCAUAGACAAAAUGACUCUACUAAUCGUGAUAACAUGAUAGAUGAUAACAAUUACGGAUUGAAAACGGAAAAAAAUAAUGACCGUGCGCACGCGGCGGGCAUCACGCUCUGGCUGACGAUGCUGGGAGUGAUGCGCGCGCAGUCCGUGCCCGCCGACAACGACACGCCGCCCUUCAGCACGCUGUACAAGUGGAAGCACGUCGACUACGAGUUCCCCUCGCCCCGGCAUCGUAGACAUGCUCUGUCUACUGGUAAGUAUGUGCCUGCCAACGUGCUCCCCUUGGGGCUGGAGGUGUGGGGUGACCGCGUGUGGGUGACGGUGCCGGCGUGGCGGCGCGGCGUGCCGGCCACUCUGGCCACACUGCCGCGAGAGGGAGGGAUCGCCUCGCCGCAGCUCAGGCCCUAUCCAGACUGGAGCUUCCAUACAGCAUUUGGAGACGCAAAGAACUGCACAGGGCUGACAUCAGUUUUUCGAGUCAAUAUUGACCCCUGUGGAAGACUAUGGGUUUUGGAUUCCGGUCAGAUAGACUCACAAGAUAACCCCAAACAACUGUGCCCCCCCAGUAUAGUGGUGUUUGAUAUUUACACAGACAAACUUAUAGCGCGGUAUCCAAUCCCGCAACAGUACGUGUUACAAGAUUCCCUGUUCGCUAACAUCAUCGUGGACACGAGGACCCCGGACUGUUCAGACCUUCAUGUCUACAUAGCCGACACCUGGAGGUUCGGGCUUCUUGUUUUCAGAUUAAGUGAUGUACGGUUUUGGAGAUUCACUCACCCCUUAUUCUUCCCGGAUCCCCUGGCUUCAAACUUCACUCUACAUGGACUAAACUUCCAAUGGACCGACGGAAUAUUUGGAUUAGCACUUACGCCUCCUGAUCUUUUCGAGGAUCGCCUCUUAUUCUUCCACCCUAUGUCCAGCAACAGAGAAUUUUACGUAUCUACGUCAAUUUUACGAGAACCCUCUCGAGUCAGCAAUAGUUCUUCGGAAUUCAAUCUAGUCGGCGAAAGUAGAGGGAUUCAUGGACAGUCUUCUGCUUCAGCAAUCGAUAGACGAGGAAUCAUGUUCUACGGUUUAGUUACUCGAGAUAGUAUAGGAUGUUGGGACACUAAAAAACCCUAUAGAAAGAAAACUAUAGAAGUCGUGGCAAUGAAUGCAGAGACUUUGGUGUUCCCGAAUGACAUUAAAGUCGACCAAGAGGAAAGACAGAGCCUUUGGGUGAUAUCGAAUCGGUUGCCGAUGUUCCAGGCGGGGCCGCUAGAUCCAGACGACUAUAACUUCCGGAUCAUGUAUGCUGACACCUCAGAAGCGGUGCGCGGAACUGUGUGUGACCCUGACCUAGAGCUGCCUCCUAAUAAAGACAUAAUACAUCGCGGAUGGUUGCCAGUAUUGCUAUGUGUGAUACUUGCUAGUAUCGCGACGGCAAGUCAUGGGUAUAUACAAAUUGCUAGUAAGAGUCCUAUAGGCACUUUGUACAGAUGGAAACAAAUUGACUACGAGUUCGCGACACCUGAAGCUCGUGAACUGGCUAUCAAUAAUGGUCAAUUCAUACAAGCUAACGUAAUACCUCUGGGUAUCGAAAGAUGGAAGGACCGUGUGUUUGUCAGCACACCUGCAUGGAAGAAAGGUGUCCCGGCGACUUUGUCCUCCCUCCCGAUAGGAGCCCCUUCUGAGUCACCUCGGCUAGAACCAUACCCCAACUGGGACUGGCACAAUGCAGUCAACUGCACCGGAUUCACGUCAGUCUUUCGUAUGAGUAUUGACCACUGCGGCGUGAUGUGGAUCCUCGACUCCGGUCAAGUGGAAGCAUUUGAGACACCUCGUCAGAUUUGUCCGCCAACGCUGAUUGCAAUCAAUUUAAACACUGACACAGUAGUGGCGCGGUAUCCAAUUCCAAGCGAGUUCGUUCUCCAGAAUUCCUUGAUCACUAACCUGGUUGUGGACUCCAGAGACGUGCGAUGCCGAGAUCUCCAUGUAUACAUAGCUGACGCGUGGCGCUUCGGAUUGAUCGUCUUCAGAGAAGAGGACGCAGCGUUCUGGCGAUUCAGUCACUACAGCUUCUAUCCGGAACCAUUGCUGUCGAAUUACACAUUACACGGUUUGAAUUAUCAAUGGUCUGACGGCCUAUUCGGUAUGUCCUUAGGCAAGUACCAACAAGGAGACCGACCUCUUUACUACCACUCUAUGUCGAGUUCUCUAGAAUUCGUCGUGCCCACAUCCGUUAUACGGGACCCAGCGCGCGUGAGCAAUGCAGUGGGCGAGUUCAAGCUGCUCGGCGACAGCCGCGGCGCAGACGGGCAGGUCUCAGCCGCAGCCGUCGACCGCAACGGUGUUAUGUUCUUUAACCUCAUUUCACGCGACAGUAUCGGGUGUUGGGACACACGUAAACCUUACUCAAACCGAAAUUUAAUCAUUGUAGCGCAAAAUAAUCAAACUAUGAUCUUUCCUAAUGAUUUAAGAAUGGAUCACGAGGUCCCUCAGAUGGCGUGGAUCAUUACCAAUAAACUUCCUAUGUACCAAUUCAAUUUAAUAGAUCCCAAUGAAUAUAACUAUCGUAUACUGUACUUGGACCCUGUAGCAGUUGUUCAAAAUAGUAUAUGUCAACCUGAAAUUAUCAACCUUAGUGACUAUUAUUAAUUACACAUUAUAGUAUAUACUUAAGUUAAUGCUUAGAAUGUUUUAUUUAUGAAUAUACAUAUAGAACUUAAUAAGUAAUAUAAUUUUAAGGCCUUUGUGCAAAGUAACUCUUUGGACUAUAUCCUGUUACUGGGUAUUUGGUUUGUUAAAUAAAUCUUUAUCAGGAGA